AUGGCACUGCGCCACUUCUCGGCUCCCCUAGAUCACGGCGCUGGGGCUGAUGAACCGGAACCGGAGUUCAAAGAUAUCGAUCGGGCGAAAUGCAGUGCUAGGGAUGCUGUGGAGGAAGGCCGUGAGCAGAUAUGGGGACGAAAAGGGUGCUGUACCCAAAGUGUCAGAAAGUCUACCAGAUCACCAAUCGUAAAUCCUGAUGAAGUGCUCAGUGAUCGUGAUAUACGAAUGAAACUCGAGCCAAAUGUUAUGAAAUCGCUGUACACUACGCCGAAGACGCCGGGAGGCCGUACGCAACCUUCUACUCGUCAGAAAAGAGGAAGAAGUGAAGCCCGUGCAGCCGCUCAAGCGCGCACUUUGCUCAAAUCAAUCGACUGUCUGGAUUAUCCAGAAUUUCUCGACAAACACUACACCCGCAUUGAACCUGGGAUCCAUAAGAUCGAAUACACUAUGGCGGAAUAUCGAGCUGUUAUUCAGGAUGCAAAUCUUCUCCUGUCAUCGGAAAAAACGCUGAUCGAUGUCGAUCCACCAGUAAUAAUCGUCGGUGAUAUUCAUGGGCAAUUCAACGACCUAAUAAAUAUGUUUCUGCUUAUCGGAAAACCACCAGAGAAGCGCUAUCUAUUCCUUGGUGACUAUGUGGAUAGAGGCAUGAUGUCGAUAGAAUGUAUAAUGCUGCUGCUCGCAUAUAAGGUGAGGUUGCAGGAGCAUAUCCCUACGAUUUUGCUCCUAGCCAAGAAAAUCUACUGCUUUGUACCUUGG